CAUGUGACUUUUUUACGUUCCAGCCAGCAGGUGCGAGGUUACUCUCGGAUAUCUGAAGAUGGCGGUAGUUGGGAAGCUAGAACUGUUGAUCGUUUCUGCAUUGCUAUUACUGACAGCUUGCUACAGUAAUGUUCAGCGUGGAUACAAAACAACGCUAAAAUCCGUGGCAUCGUCCGAAGGGAAGCCGUGGCCUAUUCCACAGCUUUACAUUCCCACACCGACGACGUACACGUUGAACAGUGAUUCCUUUAAAAUCAACCCCACAGGGAAAACUUGCGAUACACUUGUGGCUGCUAUGACUCGAUAUUACAACGUGAUCUUCUACCCUGGCCGACAAAAUGAUGCGUUACGAUUCAAGCCUAUUAGUAAAUCUAAACUGACUGUUGGCACAGAGCUGCCAUAUCUAAAUGUUAAUUUGGAAAACGACUGUGAAAUUUACCCAUCUUUGGAUAUGGACGAGUGGUAUCAGCUGUUUGUGAAGAGUGAUGGUGCUAUCCUCACUGCUCGCAGUAUUUGGGGUGCUUUGAGGGGUCUAGAAACUUUUAGUCAGCUUGUUUACCAAACUCCUGAUGGAACGUUCACUAUCAAUGAUACCAAGAUAGAAGAUUACCCAAGAUUUUCUCAUCGUGGACUUCUUAUUGAUACUUCAAGGCAUUUUGUUCCAAAAAAGAUUCUUCUGCAAAAUCUGGAUGCCAUGGCCUACAACAAAUACAAUGUGUUUCACUGGCACAUAGUCGAUGACCAGUCCUUUCCAUAUCAAAGCAGACACUUUCCAGAACUAAGUAAUUUGGGAGCAUAUGACCCUCACACCCAUGUGUACAGCCAGCAGGACGUGGCUGAGAUAAUUGAGUAUGCCAGGCAGAGAGGAAUCAGAGUGAUACCUGAAUUUGACACACCUGGACACAGUGAGUCUUGGGGCCCGGCCAUUCCAGGUCUGUUGACCCCAUGUUACAAGAGUGGGCAGCCUGAUGGCUCCUAUGGUCCCAUUGAUCCCACAAAGAACAGUACUUACGAUUUCCUGAAAGUGAUUGUCAUGGAAUGGACUAAGGUGUUCCCAGACAAAUAUGUCCACCUAGGAGGUGAUGAGGUGUCAUUUGACUGCUGGAAAAGUAACCCAGCUGUUACCCAGUUCAUGCAGAAGAUGGGAUAUGGAACAGACUACUCAAAAUUGGAGCAAUACUAUAUGCAAAAUAUCUUGAACAUUGUGUCCUCGGACCAGGAUGGGUAUGUGAUAUGGCAGGAAGUAGUGGACAAUGGAGUCAAGGUGAACCCUGAUACUGUAGUAGAGGUAUGGAAGGACAGGCACAAUCCAGCCACCUACAAGGCAGAGUUGAGCAAAGUUACUGGACUGAAUUUAAGGGCCCUUCUCUCUGCCUGCUGGUACCUAAAUGAUAUUUCCUACGGUGUAGACUGGCCCAAAUAUUAUGCAUGUGACCCACACGACUUUCAGGGCACAGAUGCUCAAAAGAAACUUGUUAUUGGAGGUGAAGCAUGUAUGUGGGGAGAGUAUGUAGAUGGAACCAAUCUCAUAUCUAGACUCUGGCCCAGAGCUUCUGCUGUAGCAGAGAGACUGUGGAGUCCCAAGCAAUACAACAACACUGCAGAGGCCGCACCCCGUAUUGAAGAACACAGGUGCAGGAUGCUCAGGAGAGGUUUGAAUGCUGAACCUGCCAAUGGUCCUGGGUUCUGCAAAUACGAAAUGCAAGUCAAUUAGUCAGUAGCACCAGACCGAUAAUAUCAAAUAAGAGACAAUUCACCACAUUCCAGGGGGAAAAAUUGAUCAGCAUUCUAAAACUUCUGAAGGACUAUCAGCUUUUCUUAAUAAUGCUUAAAACAUUAUAUAAGCCCAGUAAGAAGAUGCUAUUAUGAAUGGUAGAAGCUGCUUUUACAAUCUUUAUUUGAAACCAAGUAACUGAUUUUCAAGAUAAAUUUUCAUUUGACACAUAUUAAUAUGAAAUUCCUCUUUAUUAUUAAUUAAAUUUAAAUCAUUUAUGAAAUCCUCCUUGUUAUAUUGAAUAGGCAUCUUUGUUAUAUUGUGAAGGAAUAUAUUGUUUUUAUUAAAUUGUGUAUGUGUAAUGGAAUUAAUAUAUU